CACACACACACACACACACUGAAGGAAAGAAAACCAGCUCUCCUCCUCGAGUGGGACAGAAGGAGCCCGUUGAAUCUGCAGCAGAAGAGGCAUCGAGUAAUUGAUCGCCAGAUGUUUCUCGUGAGGAGCUGAUGCUUCUUUCUGAAGGACUGUAGAGGCUCGUGAAUGAAGAUGUUGAGAGAUCUGAACAUCAUAAAUCCAUAAGGAGCUUCAUUCAUCUGCGGACUGAGCGAAUGUGCUGGAAAGCAUGUUACAGAGGAAUUCUGGGAAGGAGAGCAGCAGCAGCGUGACACCAGUGAUUCCAGAGAGGAUGUUAUUGUGUCACUGUUAUCAUCACUGUCCUGAAGACUCCACCAACAACACCUGCAGGACUGAUGGUUACUGCUUCACUAUGGUGGAGGAAGAGGAGGGCGGCUCUCCGGUGCUCACGUCCGGCUGUCUGGGGUCAGUGGGCUCAGAGUUUCAGUGCAGGGACACUGGGAAUGCUCGUCUGAGGAGGAUCCUGGAAUGCUGCACGGAUCAGGAUUUCUGUAACCGAGACCUCCACCCGACGCUGCCUCCGCUCAAGAGUUCCGAUCAGGACAGCAGAAUUCAUCACACGGCUCUGUACACCUCGGUGUGCAUCAGCUGCGUCAUGCUGAUCUUCAUCAUCAUCUACUGCUACUACAGGUAUAACCGUCAGGUGACACGGGCGCGCUACAGCAUGGGUCUGGAGCAGGACGAGACCUUCAUUCCCGCCGGAGAAUCCCUGAAGGAUCUGAUCGAACAGUCUCAGAGCUCCGGCAGCGGAUCAGGACUCCCUCUGCUGGUGCAGCGAACCAUCGCCAAACAGAUCCAGAUGGUGAAGCAGAUCGGGAAGGGCCGCUAUGGCGAGGUGUGGAUGGGCCGCUGGAGGGGCGAACGGGUCGCUGUCAAGGUCUUCUUCACCACAGAAGAGGCCAGCUGGUUCAGAGAGACCGAGAUCUACCAGACCGUCCUGAUGAGACACGAGAACAUCCUCGGUUUCAUCGCGGCGGAUAUCAAGGGCACAGGCUCGUGGACGCAGCUGUAUCUGAUCACAGACUAUCACGAGAACGGCUCGCUGUACGACUACCUCAAAUCCACCACACUGGACACCAAAGCGCUGCUGCGGCUGGCGUACUCCGCCGUCUCCGGCCUGUGCCACCUGCACACCGAGAUCUUCGGCACGCAGGGCAAACCGGCCAUCGCUCACCGAGACCUGAAGAGCAAAAACAUCCUGGUGAAGAAGAACGGCACGUGCUGCAUCGCUGACCUCGGGCUCGCCGUCAAAUUCAUCAGUGACACUAACGAAGUGGACAUCCCGCCCAACACACGGGUCGGCACCAAACGCUACAUGCCCCCGGAGGUGCUGGACGAGAGCCUGAACCGCUGCCAUUUCCAGUCCUACAUCAUGGCCGACAUGUACAGCUUCGGCCUGAUCCUGUGGGAGAUGGCCAGGAGAUGUGUGUCCGGCGGGAUCGUGGAGGAGUAUCAGCUGCCGUAUCAUGACCUGGUGCCGACGGACCCGUCCUACGAGGACAUGAGGGAGGUGGUGUGCAUCAAGAGACAGAGACCUUCGUUUGCAAACCGCUGGAGCAGCGAUGAGUGUCUGCGGCAGAUGGGCAAACUGAUGACCGAGUGCUGGGCUCACAAUCCCGCGUCCCGUCUGACCGCCCACACCAAACUAAGAACACGAACUCCAAUACGUCCAAAUCCCAGGAAAAAAAACCGUCUAAACCCAACUCCAACUCUCACACAGCUACACAUCAAAUCUGACCGUAAAUACACUCAAAACCCCUUCCUUCUGAAAAAUCACACAAGCCACUCGCCCUGCGGGUCAUCACGGGUCACACAGCUUCAGAUCAACUCUGACCGUCACUCCAUCCAACAUCUGAAGACUGUUCAAUCUGCAACUCAAUCUCUCAACGUUCAUCCAGCAAACACACAACGAAACGAUUCAAUGAAAUGCAUUUUGCAACCUUGA